CCCGCAAUGCAUGUAUUUCAACCUGUUGAUUUUCAAAUCUGGGAUUCCAAACUUGAAUUCCAAAUAAAUACUAUUGGAUCUUCUACGUGGUUGCACGGAGUUAUUGUCUCAUCAAGAGUCCGUGGUGGUUGCCGCCGAUAAUCAAACCGAGUCAUUAAAACGAGUGAGAAACAUGGCUUCGUUAAUGUUGAUAUUGAAAGACAUUAGUUUGUUCAGUGCUCGAUAUGUGGGAAGGAGGAUUUUUAGCUAGGGGUCGAAGAAAGAUGGGUACACGUAUGACGUUUUUCUGAUGCACUCAACCGAGGAUAAGCAAAUCACGGAAAAAAUUUACGACGUCCUGACCAAAGCCGGACUUUAUUGUGCCGCGGAUUUCGACGGCAAAAGUUUCACCCCUGGAAGACCGGUAAGCGAAAGCAUACGUCGUCUGGUGCGAGAAAGCCACAAAUCCGUUCUCGUUUUGACGAAAAACCGCCAUUGAAAGUCCGUGGAUCAAUCUGGAAACCAUCCACGCUCUGGAGGAGUCAAAAUACCGGGGAAAUCAGUUGGUGCUCCGACUGCUGUUGAUUGACAUCGCGGAAGACGAAAUUCCUGCUCUCAAGGUGGGAUGUCUGGAGAGACUUCCCCAUUUCAUCGCGAAAUUCAACGAAGAUGGCUGGGAGAAAAAGCUGUUGGAUAGCUUGAACGAGCCUCUUCAAGUGUGUGACGUCCUUCCCGUCGGAAGUUUGGCCCAUGGACUGGUUUACAGUCACUUCACAGGGUUGCUGUCCUUCAUGCUUCCUACUAAACUCAGGGAGGAAAUUACAAAAUGGGAUAAGUAUGAAGAGUAUAAAGAUAAAACCUGUACAAACUACAACAUGCUCGUGCCGAAGUCAUGUAAACUGAGUGGUUCGCUCAGUGGAAAAGACGAGAAAUCUGGCAUUGAAAUAACAAAUGAAACAAAUCUUAAAUUUUCAACCGAGCACAUGGGGAAGCCAAGAGAGAUUACCAUUUCGAUAUACAGAAUAUCAAGAGGCACUGAGUUUUACUUCUUCUACGCGGACAUGCCCUUCGUUUUGAACUGUGUGUACGAGCUUAAGGAAAAGAAUCUUGCGGAAGGCGUGGACACAAAUCUUCAGUGUCAACGCUUCAAGCACACGUACAACACCCUUGUUAACCACCAAGAUUUUGGGCGGAGACUAAACAACCCACUGAGAAUGCUCGAAUACGAUGAUGAGCAAACCAAUCACUUCGAGGUUCUCUUUGAAGCUGUCAAGAACAGUGUUAAUGGCACAGACGGAGAAGUCAUUGAAAAUACUACUGUCACACCACCUCCCAAGAGCACUGUGGCACAGGCUGACCAAGUUAUUGAUGGGGUGUAUGUUAGCUGCUCAGACGAUACUGAGGACAGGAGAAUAGGAUCAGACAUCGUUGUCUAUUUAAACUCUAAGAACAUCAUUGCGGUCACCGACAGCGGCGAUUCGGGUCCAGGGGCAAAUAUGAGCGGUAACUACAACUGGUACGUGUUCGUCAUAUCCAAGAAGAGUUUGAAAGACCGGGCAUUCUGCUUCAAAAUAACGCAGAUUCUCGAACACAGCGUUCACGAAAAUACGACAAAAUUGAUUCCUGUUCUACACAAUGUCGAUAUCAAGAAGGUUCCUGACUUCAUAAGAUGGGUCACCAUGCUUUGUACGAGCGAUUCCAAAUUCUGUGAUCACAUCUACCAGACUGUGAUGGGCGGCCCCGUGACAAUGGUUGAGAAGAUGCCAUGCGGCGAUGUGGUCACAGGGCUGUGUUGGGCCUACCUCAUCAACUACAUGAAAAUGGCUUUGUUCCUGCGCACGCCAGACAACGAAGGAAGUCUUGACUUAAAAGGUCGCAUCAAGGCAUUUCUUCGUAGCAAUAACCUUUCGUGUGGUUGUCCUGACAAAGUGUACAUCCUUUGGCCCAGUUCUUGUAUGAUGGCGGACGCAAUUGAAAUAGUUGCAAAUAAAAACCUGCCUGGACAUCGAAUAGUGAAGCUGGGUUCUCUGCCAAUGGUUCGUGCAAAUACUGGCGGAGCGCUGAACCGGUCAUUCACAUUCACUGUGUACAAGCAUACGAGACCUCAAACCAGUCAGAGCACGUGUUUCAUCGCGGAAUACUGCACCCCAAUGGGAUGCUUGUACCAGAUGGGCACAAAGUACGGGUUCGCGGGGGUAAAUAAGGAAGAUCUGUCUUCACAAGGCCAGAACUUUAUGAAGGCCUUCAAAACAUUCACGUCCUUGUCUGCGGUUAAGGAGCAUCUUGGAGACUUCCAGAAACACACACAGUUUAUGUACUAUGAUGAUUCCAAGAAGCCCUUGAUCGAGGUUAUUGAAAAACAGCUAAACCAGGAGACAAACUUAGUGUUCGCAGAUGAUUGACUUGUGUUGACGCGUUAAAAAUAUGUUGUUUUUUUUUCAUAUCCUACAAUAUAAGAACAUUUCUAUCCAUCAAACAUUUGAUUGAGGCUGUUGCAUUUUUAUUAAUGAUUUUAAGACGAAAUUGGAGAGCGGAUAAAUUGGAUUCGUUAUUUUGGUAUGUCGAUCAAUCCACAUAAACUAUUAAAAAUGAAAAGAUAACGAUUUAGCACGUUUAAAACCUUGCUUUAAUAACCUUAACAGUCUUAGCACAAUGAUUCACGAGAAAAGCUUUUUAUUUGACCAAUUGUCUUAACAAAUGUCAUGGGCAUUGUUGUUGGUGGGUUUUAAAUAAAUAUUUUCUCCUUGA